CAAAAUGGUGCGCCGACGUACGCGCGCCUGUGCCACUUCCAAGGCGCCUGUUGAACUCAUGGCAAAUGGUGGCUCUGCUGCAGCUGUCCUGGCCAAUGCCGCCCAACUGCUAGAGGACCAAUACUUUGCCAGUCCCAAAAGGAAAAAUUGCAAAGCGGAAGAAUCUGCCUGUGAUGAAGGAGGUCGUAGCAGUGCCAGCUCAUCUCCGACAACAAUUCAGACCGAAAAUGCUAUUGCUCACAACAGAACUAAACACAAAUCGACCAGUCCCAAUAAAGGGAAGGGUGGCAUAAAUGGGCGCACAAUUGGUGUCCCCCUUGCUACACGCUCCCAAACACGUACCAUUGAAAAUUUCUUUAAAGCUAAUGCUGCCAAACAGAACAAAAUCACCAGCUAUAUGAAUGGUCACGAUGACUCCAAAAAUGCAGAUACUCCAAAAACUAUACAACAACCAUCGCUAUCUGCAUCGGUAACACCGCCACAAAUGACCCAACAACAACAGCAACAUAUUGAACAGCAAAAACGUCAAAUUAACGGUGAUCACAACUACCAGCAACAACAACAUCAGCAUCAACAAUUGCCACCCGUUAUCAGUCGACGUAGUUUAGAUCACAUUGUAGUACCACAAGAAUUUAUAUUCGAUUUAAGUGAAGACACCAAUGACAGUGAACAUACCGAUAUGUCAGAUGAGGCUGCUGCUAUGUUCCAUACAGAUAAUGAUGCCGGGCAAACAACAACUCCAAUGACAAAUGGCCUUGACUUUACAACACACCGUUCAUCACAACGUUCCGAUAGUCAUUCAUCGUCACACAGUAGUUCAAAUACCAGUGGCACCGAUAACAUAUUCCUGCAGGAGCCUGUCUUGACUCUCAACGUGGAUAAGUCGCCGAAUCAAGCCUCGUCCAUAGUAAUAAACAAAACACUCGAAGUACAACCAAAAUUCUCUUCACCAAAUCAAGCCAACAAAUCACUUGAAGUUCAAGCGAAAUUUCCGUCGCCAACCUCUUUAUCUGCCUCUGUCCUGCAUGGACGCUUUAAUCAAAUUGUAUCGUUAAAUACAUCGCCGACAAAAGAUGUUGCUGGUAGCUAUGAAAAGAAAUCGAUGGAAUUGAGUUGUCAUGAUUAUGCUUUAUUGAUGAUGCCCGAAAAUGACAAUAGUUCCUGCGACAGUGGCGUGGCAUUCCAUACCACUGUUACCACGACACCACAAUGCAAUGGCACCACUUCCACAACAGAGGGACCUGUAGAUGGUUCUAUGCAGACAGUGGUAUCGGCAAUAGCCUCACCAGCACCAGCUGCCGCAGCAACGAACCGCCGGCGUAAACCAGCAACACCUCAUCGCAUUGUCUGCUGCCCAUCACCAAUUAAAUCACAGCCAAGAGUUAACUCACCAGCCGGUUCUCCAUCGCCACGUAAAAUGGCCUCGGCUCUCUCACCUCGCAAGUCACAAAGACACGUAACUACAACCGCCAUGGCAGCAGCUGGCGGUGGAGCUGCUGUUGUAACGGCACCCAACAAAACAAGACGAAGACUGAAUCCAUCGCCUCCUAAAGAACAACAAUCUGCCUUAGACGCCGAAUCAAAUCGACAGGACGAUGAGCCCGUUGUUGUUAUUGUCGACGAUGACCAUGACGUUGGCGUCGAAGAUGACCAUGACGUUGAAUGUGAGAAUAUGGCCGCAAACACAGUCGAUAUGAAGUUAAACAAUCCUCCUCCGCCAUCGCUUAUGAAUGGCAAUGUGGGUGCGACGGCGAAGUCUAUAUUGAAUUCAGCCAAACAUCCCACAAAUCAACAGAAUGCCACCAACAAUAAGGGGCGAGCGACAAAAGCUCAACACAAAACCAAAUACACUGUUCAGAGGCCUCAGCACACAGCUCUCAAAUAUCAAGCACCCCAGCCGUUGGCCGCCACAAAUGGCAAUCGUGAAAUAAACGAUUGCUUCCCGGUGCGGCGAAGUGUGCGCAAAACAAAAACUGCCGUCAAGGAGGAAAUGAUGCGCAACCUAGAACAGGCGAUACUCGAAGAACGCUGUGAAGGCCUUAAAAUUGCCUACUUCGAGGGCAAGGGACGCGGCAUUAUUUCAGAACGACGAUUCCAGCGUGGCGAAUUCGUCAUCGAAUAUGUGGGUGAUCUCAUCUCGACCGCUGAGGCAGCUGAACGCGAGAAACGCUAUGCCUUAGACGAAAACGCUGGCUGUUAUAUGUACUAUUUUAAGCACAAAAAUCAGCAGUAUUGCAUAGAUGCCACAGAGGACACAGGGAAACUGGGGCGUCUGGUAAAUCAUUCUCGCAACGGCAAUCUAGUUACCAAAAUUGUGGUGGUCAAACAGAAACCUCAUUUAGUUUUAAUAGCCAAAGAUGAUAUUGAAGCGGGAGAGGAACUGUGUUACGAUUACGGUGAUCGUUCAAAAGAAUCGUUGUUACAUCAUCCGUGGUUGGCUUUUUAGGAGAUAGUGACAAGACGUUGAC